AUGGCCUCCACCACUAAAGAGUCGGCCAAACCCGCCGUCGACUUCUUGCACCAUCCGUACACUCGUGCCGCUCUUCCCUUCAUUAAUGGCGGGUUGGCCGGUAUGACGGCUACCGUCGUCAUUCAGCCAAUUGAUAUGAUCAAAGUGCGCUUACAGCUCGCUGGCGAGGGUGUGCGCACCGGGCCCCGUCCUUCAGCCUUGGGCGUCGCGCGUAAUAUUAUCGCAUCAGGAAAAGUGCUCGAUCUCUACACCGGUUUAUCUGCCGGUCUUCUGCGUCAAGCAGUUUACACAACCGCCCGUCUAGGAUUCUUCGACACUUUCAUGAAAGCAUUAACGAAGAACGCUGAUACAGCGAACCGAAAAGUGACUUUUGCCGAGCGCGCUGGCGCAGGUUUGACAGCUGGUGGUAUCGCCGCUAUGAUCGGUAACCCGGCAGAUUUGGCCCUUGUUCGGAUGCAGUCAGACGGUCUCAAGCCUCCGGAGGCGCGGGCUCACUACCGGUCCGUCAUCGACGCAUUGUUCCGCAUUUCCAAAGCCGAAGGAGUGACUGCCCUGUGGGCUGGCGCUUUCCCCACCGUCGUGCGUGCAAUGGCCCUCAACCUCGGCCAGUUGGCUUUCUUUGCGGAAUCAAAAGCCCAGCUGAAGACGCGAACAUCGCUUUCAGCGCAAAACCAGACCUUUGCUGCUUCAGCGAUCGCUGGUUUCUUCGCUAGUUUCCUCUCGCUUCCCUUCGACUUUGUCAAGACUCGCCUGCAAAAACAACAGAAAGAUCCCAAGACGGGUCAGUUGCCAUACAAGGGCAUGUUUGACUGUGCUCGCAAGGUUGUUCGUGAUGAAGGCUGGCUGAGGUUCUAUCGCGGGUUUGGCACAUACUAUGUGCGGAUCGCCCCUCAUGCAAUGGUAACUCUUAUCGUCGCGGAUUACUUGAACCUCAUUACCAAGUAA